GGUCCCCGGGCGGGGCGGGUCCCCGGGCGGGGCUGCAGGGGCGGGGCGCGCCGGGCCGCGGCAGCGCGGCGGCGGCAUGAAUGAGGCCGAGGGUCUGCGGCAGCGCCGGUCCCUCCGCCCGCAGGUGGUGACUGAGGACAGCCCGGCGCAGGAGGCCAAGGAGGGCAGUACUUACAGCAGCAAGGUGUUCCGUGUUACCUUCUUGACUUUGGCUGCAUCUCUAACUGUGCCCUUGCUUGGAGUGACUGUUCUGCUGGAUUGUCCUAUAGACCCUCACCCUAUAAGUUUAAAGGAACCUCCCCUCCUGACGGGUGUGUUAGAGCCCAACACCAAGUUACGAAAAGCUGAGCGGUUAUGGGAAAAUCAGCUGGUCGGACCAGAGUCCAUUGUCAAUAUUGGGGAUGUGCUAUUUACUGGGACAGCUGAUGGGAAGAUUAUAAAAAUUGAAGAUGGGGAAAUACAAACAAUAGCCAGAAUUGGCCAUGGUCCUUGUGGAACCCCUGAAGUUGAGCCAACAUGUGGAAGACCACUUGGCAUCAGAGUGGGGCCAAAUAACACCCUUUUUGUGGCAGAUGCAUAUUAUGGACUCUAUGAAGUUAAUCCUGGUACAGGUGAAACGAAAAUGCUUGUGUCAACCAAAACACUAAUUGAAGGUCAGCGGUUGUCGUUCGUCAAUGAUCUUACAGUGACCCGAGAUGGGAGGAAAAUCUACUUUACUGACUCGAGUAGCAAAUGGCAAAGACGGGACUACUUGUUCUUGAUUAUGGAAGGCACAGAUGAUGGGCGCUUGCUUGAAUAUGACACAGUAACGAAAGAAGUGAAAGUCUUGAUGGUGGGGCUGAGGUUUCCCAAUGGUGUGCAGCUCUCUCCUGCGGAAGACUUUGUCCUGGUGCAGGAGACAACCAUGGCUAGAAUCAGGAGGUAUUAUGUGUCUGGACUCAUGAAAGGUGGAGCAGAUAUGUUUGUUGAGAAUAUGCCUGGUCUUCCAGAUAAUAUCAGGUUAAGCAGCUCUGGAGGAUACUGGGUAGCUAUGGCAGCUGUCCGGCCCAAUCCUGGAUUUUCUUUGUUGGAUUUCUUGUCUGAAAAACCAUGGAUUAAAAGGAUGAUAUUUAAGUUGCUGAGUCAGGAAACCGUGACAAAGUUUGUGCCCAAAUAUAGCCUUGUUGUUGAACUUAGUGAGACAGGAUCCUACAGAAGAAGCUUCCAUGAUCCCACAGGAAUGACGGUAGCUUAUGUUAGUGAGGCACAUGAGCACAAUGGAUAUCUUUACCUGGGCUCCUUCCGGUCUCCGUUUAUUUGCAGACUCAAUCUUCAGCAUGUUUAACUGUCCAUCUGUGAUAAAGUGCUGCUGGCCUAUAAUACUCCAGAGGUACCAAGAAAGCCUGUGCUAGAGGCUGUGUGACCAAGAACAGAAAGUGAAGGACAGUCUGUUCACAAUGCAGUAGUACUGUUCCGUUGCCAAUGUCCGUCUUCCUUGGUUUAGCUGUUCUGGCUUUGGAGUUGGUGUGCAUAAUGAUUAAUGGCAUGCAAAUUGAUUAAUAUCUGAGGAGUAUGGUGGGGCACCUUCAUGUGAUUAUGUGCUUCUUAAGGAAAAUCCAUUGUUUUUCCACACCCAGCUGUGUUUGGAGUCGUCUUAAGCAGACAUCUGUCACCUUUAAUGCAACUGUAUGUCUUCUUACAUUGGGAGGAUUUGUGAUGUAUGGAAUUUCUGUAUGAUUUGGAUUGAAAAGGAUGUCUUGCAUGUGUUUAUUUCUGUUUUAGAGUCUCCUGUUUAGGAGUGAUUAUAGAGCAUGCUCUAAUGUCAUACCAUAGUGCUGAGAUAGAGGCAGCAACAUCCAGAACAUGCCCAGAAAUCUAGUUGUAUCCUUUGGGUUUCUUCAUUUCCAGCCUGUGUAAUCAACAUCAGACACUGCAAUUAACUGUUAAUUAACAUGCAAAAUCAAAUUUGAUCGUUAUCUGUGGACUCCUGUGUUUCUUUAUAGCAUUACAGUCAGAUGAUGAAUGAAAGUAGCAUUUUUUAUAUUAUUAAAGACUACUUCCAGUGGGUUUAAAAAGGGUCACUUGUGAUAUAUCCUUCAUGUUUACCAGGUCCUGUAAGUCUUCUGUUCAUUAUAUAGGUGGCCAUUCCUGAGAGACACGGGAAGAAGAAGGCCAGCUGCAGGAAUCUUCUUCAACAUGCUUUUUAUGGAGAACUGGUAAAGACUUGAGGGAAGGUUGGCGUUUGAAGAUAGAUGUGUAUGAAAAGGGCCCCUAUAAAACCCAGUAAUAGUGGAAAACCUUGGAAUAGGGCAGUAGCUCAUGGAUGCUUUCUGGCAUCUCCCCUGGCAUGUUUACUUCCUCUGUUAACAGAAACUGCUUGGUAAAUUCAGAGAAUGCUUUUCUGUCAACUGCUACAAAGGCAAGGCUGUGAUCUUACCUUUUAAAUAGGAUGUUUUGCAUCUUGAAGAACUAAAGGGCUUACUUCAGGAGCUGUGUGAUUUAGUGGAUUGAUUUGUGCUUUGGGAUUGAAGACUUUGCUGCUCUCUCCUUUUCUGCCACUGGGUGAUAGUCAAACAAACUUAAGCUAUUGCUCAAUUUCCUUACCUUUGAAAAGGAAAUAAUAAAGAUUUGCUUGUUAUAAAUGAAAAACAUCAAAGAAGGGGCGGAUGAUAUUAAAAAUAUUACCUGUUUC